GGUUCUUACGAAAAGUGUUGUGGAAAUGUUCAAAGUGUACGAAAUUGUGUUUGGAAGUAUAGAGGCAGUGAAAUGUUUUAUGCAUAAUAGACCAAUUAAAAACAGACGUAAUUAUGAAAAAUCCGAACAUCACAAACACGAUAAUAUAUUCUGACCGAUAUAAAGCCGAUCUUUACAUAAGUGUAAAUAACCGAAGAUGCGCAGCAACAACAAACACGACCAGGAAAACGGCCGAUUAUUUACCAAACAGCUUUUCCUCGCGCUUAACUCGUCGAAAAAGAAAAGGCAAAUUGAAAUUUCUCACUUCUUAUAUGAAACGAAGAAAAUUCCUCUCGUCAUAAGUGCAGUGCAAAAAGUUCGCGCUGAAAGUCUCGAGCAACUUUUCUCCGACCUUUGCUCUCGUUCGUUUGACAAGAUCUCGCAUCAAGAGUAUACCAUGACGGAGCACAAUUUUCCACCUCUACAAAAUGACAGGAUACUCAGAGCAGCCAGAGGUGAGCCAGUUGACAAAGUGCCUGUAUGGAUAAUGAGACAGGCUGGCAGGUAUCUGCCAGAAUUUAGGGAGCUCCGCACCAAGCAUGAUUUCUUCAGCAUAUGUCAGACUCCAGCACUGGCCUGCGAAAUCACACUACAACCCAUCAAGAGGUUUCCCCUGGAUGCCAGCAUCAUCUUUUCAGAUAUUCUUGUAAUUCCUCAAGCUAUGGGUCUUGUGGUAGAAAUGAGGCCUGGUGUUGGACCUGUUCUGCCAGAGCCAUUGGCUGAUCCAACGCACAUUUCUAGAUUGAAAAUGCCUGACGUGGACAAGGAUUUGGGAUAUGUUGGCGAGGCAAUUACGCUGACUAGACACAGCUUGGAAGGAAAAGUUCCUCUUAUUGGAUUUACAGGAGCCCCUUGGACACUUAUGGGAUACAUGAUCCAAGGUGGAGGAAGCUCUACAAUGGCACAAGCUAGGAUUUGGCUUUAUAAGUAUCCAGAAGAAUCUCACAAAUUAUUGCAGAUGAUUACGGAUGUUAUUGUUGAUUAUUUGGUUAUGCAAGUCAAAGCUGGUGCUCAGUUACUACAAGUGUUUGAGAGCCAUGGAGAUUUCCUAAAUACUGAACUGUUCAAAGAGUAUUCUCUCAAGUAUUUUAAGCAAAUAAGUCAGAAAGUAAAAGCCAAACUAGACAGUCUUAACAUUCCUAAAGUGCCAAUGAUUGCAUUUCCCAAAGGGGCUACUCUUGAUUCGAUAGAAAUCUUUGCCAAGGAAGCGGGUUACGACGUUAUCGGCUUGGAUUGGACUGUUGACCCUGUUGAAGCCAGACAGAGGGUAGGACCAAACAUUACUCUCCAAGGAAACAUGGAUCCAACUGCCUUAUACUCAACCACGGAAAAAGUACGUCAGAGAGCUGAAAAUAUGGUGCGUCUAUUCGGUAAAGAUCGUUACAUCGCUAACCUAGGUCAUGGAAUAUUACCAGAUGCACCAAUUCCCUCAGUUGAAGCAUUCAUCGAAGGCAUCCAUUCUGUGUGAAAGAGCUGAACUGUGAUUUUGUUAUUAUUUUAUCUGUUGAAGUAUGAAGUUUAUGAAACGUCGAUUUUUUAUACAAAAAUUUGUCUGAAGAACAUAAUGAAUAAUAUGAGAAGAAUAAAGUUUGGGUAUAUUAAGUAAAUUUAAAACGAUAAAGAAAUACAAA